AUGGAACGCAUUCUUCUUACCACCGACUAUCCCAAUCUAAUUGAACUUGAAAUUCAUAAUUUUCAUGAAGAAAUUGCUUUAAAUUACUUUACAAAUAAAUCAUCAGUUCGAUCUAUUUUCCAAGAACAAAUUACAAAUCUUAUUCUUAUCAAUAAUGAUGAAUGCACAAGGACAUGUUCAUCAAAUUAUACUGCAGAGAUAUAUGCGCAUAUAUUGACCUUCUUCAAAAAUUUAAAAAUUCUACGUAUUAUAGAACCAAGUAUUGUGUCAUAUCCGCCUCUAUCACUUUGUUAUUUGCCAUCGACUACUUUUUCAUCCUCGAUUCUUACUCAUUUAUAUAUCAAUGUGCAAACUUUUGAUGAUUGUCUUUGCUUACUUGAUGGUCGACUUAAACAAUUGACAACAUUGUUUGUUACUGUCUGUUGCGUAUUCAAUUCUUCACGCAUUAUUCACAAUAUGAAUAAACUAUCUAAUCUUAAGUGUUUCUCGUUAAAAAUGUUCUAUGAAUUUCAACCUUAUGAUAGAAUUGCAUCGCUUUUUCGUCAUCGAAAUAGUGUCAUUGAUGGUACUUAUAUUCAACAUGAUAUAUUUGAUUGUAUGCCAAAACUUCAUUCAUUCACAUUCUAUAUUUGUACUUAUGUUGAAACGGUUGAUUUAUCCUACAAGUUAUCUAGUGAAGAUAUUCAACAAACAUUAAUCAAUAUUGGAUUACAAGAUGUUACUAGUAUUAUCAAUUAUGUUUGUGAUUCAAGAGCUGCAUGUUCGAUUUUCUCACUUCCUUUUCAAUUUGAUUAUCUCAAAGAUUUUGGCAAUAAAUUUCCAAAUAUUGUAUUCAGUUAUGUUACGUAUUUACAUGUGAAAGAUAAUGAUCCAUUUAGACAUGAAUUCUUUGUUCGAAUUACCAAAUCGUUUCCAUUAUUGAAAGAUUUAUGUAUUUAUAAUGUACGAUCAUCGUUAUCAGUUGAUCUUAUGAUAUUUACAUCUGACAAUUGUCAAUUAUACUCAACUAUUGAAUAUUCGCAUCUAACUACACUUGAUUUAAGUUGUGCACAUAGAGAAUAUGUUGAACAAUUUCUAAAUGAAACAAAGAUAUAUAUGCCUUGUCUGAUGGAAUUAUUGGUCAAGUUAGAUGACUUGAUAGUUGUAACAAAGAACUUUACAAGAAACGAAACACGACGCAAUUGUACCAAAGUGAAAACAUUAUUUAUCCUACCACCAAGAUUACAUGUAGAAGGUUUAUGUGAUUACUUUCCUUCGUUAUAUAAGUAG